AUGCUCGGAUUGCUUAUUGGUAUCAUUUUAAUAUUAUUAUUAAAAAUAAAUUUGAUUGAAUCUUGUAAUAAUAUUAAUUCAAUUGAUAUACAAUCAGCUGCUUAUUCUUAUCCUAUUAUACUACGUGUUCAACCGACUAAUAUUAAUCAUAAAAUAUUAUUGCCAAAAAAUCAAUAUCAUGUUAUUGUUAAAGAAAUAAUUAAAAUGAAAAGUAGUAGUUACAUUCAUCUACAAAUUAAUGAUAUUAUUUCUAUAUUUGUGGCACCAACAAUUAUUGAUCAAAAUGAAAAUUGUUGGCAAUUAUUAGAAAUAAUUCAUUCAAAUUUAAUUGUAUUUUUAACUAGUUCAACAACGAUCAAUUCAUUAAAUUUUGAAAUUUUAUAUCCGCCAAUUGAAUCAACGAUUCGUGUUAGAACACAUAUUCAACGUGUUAUAUGUAAUAGUUGUGAAACCUAUUCGCCACAGGUGAUUGUGAAAACAUUACAAUACAAACCAAAAUUAUUUAAAUCGUAUAGAUUACAGUGUAAUACACGAGGAAAUCCACAACCAAAAGUAUUUUGGAGUAAAAAUAAUCAUACAAAACAAUUUCAUUCAUCAAAAGAAUAUGCUGAAAAUCCAAUGAAUAAAACACAAUCAUCAAUAACAUUAGUCUUUGAUUCUAAUAAUCCAUUAGAAGAUUAUUCAAAAAGAAAAAAUUCUACAUGUGAUUAUCUUGAUCGAUGUUAUAAUCGUGGUCAAUGUAUUAUUUUAGAAAAAAAACUUCAAUGUUUAUGUGAAAAAAAUUUUUUUGGUGAUCGAUGUGAGCAUAGUUAUGAGGAAAUGGUUAAAAAACACAAUAAUGAAUUAUUAGUAUUUAAAUCGAGAUUUAUUACAACACUUAUGCUCGGUAUCGUUCUCUUUUUACUCAUAACACUUGGUCUUGUCUCCUGGCUACUAUCUCGAGCAGGAAAACGAAACAUAAAAUUUCAAAAUACACCAAUUGAUGUCGAAACAGUGGAAGAUAAAGAUGAUAAAAUCGUUGUACAAGAGUCAAAUCAUCUUGUUGAAUCAUCUCCAUCACAACCAUUGUCAAUUAACAUAUUAAAAAUUCAUGAAUCAAAAGAAAAUAUACAACCCAAAACGUCAAAAAUUUCAGCAUUUGUCAAUGAAUCAAUUAUCGCCACCAAUAAAACUGAAAAUACAACUUCAAAAAUCAAUGAACAUGAACUAAAUCCUGUUGUACAUGUUUCACUUCCAUCAUCACAAAAAUCAGUUUUAAUAGGAAAACCAUAUUUUACUGAUACAUCAACGAAUGAUGAAGAUGAUGAAGAUGAAUUUAAUGAUCAUGAUGAAGACAUUAUUUUACGACGAGCAAGAACAUUUUCAUCACAAAAAGAAACACCGAUUAAUAAUGAUGAAUAUGAAGAAAGAUUUUCGUUAAAAAUGAAUAAUAGUGAAUUACAUGGAUUGAAUAAUGAUCUAAUAUUAACAGAAGGUUAUCACUAUUGUUCAGAUGACCAUGGAUUAAUAAAACCAUUAGAAUCAUCAUCAUCAUUGAGACGAAUGAUACCACCACCACCACCAAAACGUUUUACAAAAUAUGUAUCCUCUCGUUUUCUACUACCAACACCAAGUAAAAUAUCGAGUAACAUUUUGGCACAUGAUAAAUCAUUGACUCAAUGUUUGGGAUUUGUGGUGAUAUUAUGUUUUUGUGCAAUUACUAUUGUGACACUUAUUGUGGCGAGUGUUAAUAUUCAACUAUUGCGUCUCGGUCUUAUUAAUGUUACAACAGACGGUCAUACAUAUCAAAAAGAGCCAAAAGAUUUCAUUGUUUUAACAGCGUUAACUCUUAGUUGUAUGGAAUGUCUUGUAUGUUUAUUAAGUAUACUAAUCGGUAUUAGACUUGCUUUUGAUGCUAAAAAUCAAAGAUUUCGUAAAAAAGAAGGAGCAUUUUUUGUACAAAUAUUGAGUGAAAAAGAUAUUGUUGUUGUAUCCAAAGCUCCCAGUUCAAAAUAUUCAUCCGGUUGGAACGGGUCACUUCAUUCUAGUUCAUCUUAG